UUCUCCAAGUCCAUAAGCGACUGCACAUAAACUGGUCUCUUAACUGCAGAACCAUGUUGGUUUCAAAACAGCGCUACACUUCGCACGGGGGAUUUUAAACUCCCUGCGGCACAAGGGGGCUAGUUGCUUGAAGCUGCAAAACGAAAGUAUGUUGCAGACCAAGACGAGGCGGCUGAAAGCAAGGCAAAGUGUCUUGGCUUAUGGAGCUGAACUCUGACGGUUAACAAAGCAGCGUAAUGAGUGGGAAAGUCUGGACGUUGAUCACUGCAGUUUCAUUCAUCACAUAUAUUCAUGAUAUCCAAUCCGGGUGUAUGCAGCACGAUGUUAAAGCACAUCUGGAUGACCUGUUGUUGGAAGAGCAUGUGUUUGAGAUUAAGGUGUUCUCACCUGAAACAAAGGAACACAAGCUUCUAUCAGUAAUAAACACCUUGUGUUCAACCUGGACUAAUAACAAAUUUAAGGACAUGAAUAAAUUAAAAGUGCUAGAAACUUUUCAUAUAAUGCUGUAUAAUCUAGACAAAAAUUGUACAGACUUUUGUGCUAAUCUCAAUUGCACAGAUGCGUACACAGUACGCCGCAUUGACACAAACACUUUUGGAGAAAUGUACAAAAAAUCUUGUGAUGGAUCAGUAUCAGACCUGAAAUGUCCAUCAAAUAGUACAACCAUCAAUCCAACCACUGAAUUCAGCUCAGCAUUUUUAACGACGGUCAGUUUAAUCACCACAGAUCAUGAAAGCACAACAGCUUUAACAACGGUCAGCCAAAACAUCACUGCUCCUGAAAAUUUGACAGCAAUUUCAUCGGCACGUACAGAAACCAUCAUUCAAGCAUUAAAAGAUGACAAUCAGAAUCUGUGGGCUGCCAUUAAAACGUGUUCUGGACUCCUGGUUGUGUCGUUUCUGCUGAAUAUUGUUUUACUCCUCAUGGUGGUUCAUGUGCGCAGGAAUUCCAAGUAAAUGACCAUUUUAGCACUGCGUUGGUUGCUUGUUGAAGUUUUUCUCCAGUUACAUAAUCAUUCUCCAGUCAUCAGUUGCUGCUACCACAAUCUCUAUGCAUGCCACAGUGCUGUCUUUGAAUCUGUGACUGGCAACCAUCCUAAUAUAUGCAGCUUGUUAUAUUAAUAUACUCAGUCAUGUCCACACAGAUUGUGUAUUUUACAGUUUCUACUUGUGCUUGUCUUGAAUGUGGCUCCGUAACUGUUAUCUUUCAUCUAUUAAGUACCUCUGUUCAUGGUUUUCUGACCUAGAAUCAUAUGGAAUAAAAUGGUCUGUCUGUCCAGCCCACAGGUUGUGGGUUAUGUUUUAAGAAAUACUUUAAAUAUACCAUAAUCUGAAAUAGAUUUUUAACACUUUAUUUUAUUAAUCUUAGUAUUUAUUAUCAGUUUUUAAAUGAUCUAUUUACCCAUCCCCGGUUCGCUUUGUUCUGUAUAUUAUAUAUUUUUGUUCACACAAAAAUAUCACAACCAGUACAGAAAUUAUUGGGAAAAAAGAUCUGUGACCUUUAGCAUUCAGGUCCUGAAUGGUUGUGCCAGACAGUUUCUUUUGAAAGGAAUGAUGGGAAAGAAAAGUAUUUAUUUACAUCUAAGAUCCCGCUGCAAAAUUUUGCAUAUUUUGCUAUGUUUGCGUGUAAGAGAGGACAUGCAGAAUUUAU